UCGAUUUUCUCACCGUCAUUUGGCACUGGGAUACCCGCAGGAAAACGUACCGUAGUGACAUACACACAUACACACACACACACACACACACACAUAUUCGACACACUAAUCACGUAUCCGAUCGCAGCACGGCAGAAUGUCAAGGAUCGCGUUCUUCCUGUUGCUCGUCGCCCUCGUCGCAGCGAUCGCGGCUGCGUUUCCAGCCGUCACAUCGCGACCUCAAGUAUUCUCGAGAAUAACCAGAGCAGCCGCGCCUGAAGCCGACCCUAAAGCCGACCCUGAGUCGCGCAGUAGACGUGGCUACGGCCACGGAUACGGCUACGGCCACGGAUAUGGCCACGGAUACGGCCACGGACACGGCCACGGAUAUCACGACCACGGUCACGGUCACGGAUAUGGAUACAAGCAUGGAUUCGGCGGAGGACAUUAUCAUGGUCACUCUGGUUUCGCCAGCAGCGGAUCCAACGCCGGCUCCAUAAGCACGCCGUUGGGCAGCGCCUCCUUCGCGAAUUCCUUCGCUAACGCCGGCGGAUACGGAGGAUGAAUAUGAAAUGGAAGCGACAACUGUCGUUAAAAACGGACUCGCUCGACGAUAAAUCGAUUGUAGUUAAACAUCUCUCUUGUAAGCUCCCGUUUUUAUAGAAUAAAUUUAAAAAACACAAAA